UCUAAUCAUAACAAUAUUAUUUAAUGUCUUUUUAGGUUAGAAUCUACUCUAACCAUUUUUUUUUGAGCUUUUCUAAACUAGGCAGCAAACUAGAAUCUAGACAUUCUAGAAUAAAAUCUAUUCUAGACUCGAGAUCUAUAGACCUAGAUCUAUAUGGACGGAGGAAGUUAUCCUAGUCACAUGAAAAGUAGGAACCACUUUUUCAUGGCCAGGAUAUUUGAGUGUGAGAUUUUGAUAAUGCUUAUUUUAGGUUGUAUUGGUGAUUCUGUUGGUAGUAUAGUACAGCUAAAUCCUUAUUUUAAGGAAAGCAAUUCAGACUGCCAGGCAGGAUUCUUAGAUGGUUUGGAUAGAUACAUAUAUAAUGGUACUCUUAAUAUAACAUCUCAAGAUCUCAACCAAAGGCCACGUGUUAUAUUUGAGAUGCAAAGGUUCUCAUCGUUUGGUUUUACUACAAUAUGCCUGUUGACUAUAAAUCCCAAUUGUGAUAGUACUCUGGCCUCAGAUGAUUGCUACUGUUUGAAUAAACCAGACUCAAUUGUGGAGUUUUUUUUAAAUAUUACAGCCAACACACAAUUUUCUAAUGGUAGUCUCAGGAUAAGGUGGCCAAACUUUGGUGCUUCACCCGAUAUAAGUAAUGAAGAGCCAGUUCCAUCUAUUUAUACUGACACUAUUGAAACUCUAAAAGUUGAUAACAUUCUUGUGAGUCUAGAUAAGUGCAAUUUUCAUUUUACAGCUACACAUUUAAUUGAAUGGUGUGUCACUGGAUCAAGUUCUCGUAUCUUGACUUUGAAUAUUUCAUCUACCACUUUACAUUCACAAUCUGACUGUAUUAAUAAAACAUACAUAUUCAGUAAUGCUGAAAGGAGUCCCAUAGACUUUAAUGCUUCAUAUAUUGAGCUCAAUGAAUGUAAGAGGACUAAAACAAAAGUUUGCCUUGUGAACUAUGUGUCUUCAACAACCAUAGCAUCAACUUUGAAAACGUCAUCUGAUACUACAGUUUACAAUACUACUACAACUGUGUCAUCUAAUGUUCAAUCUACAUCAAAUGCAACCAUCUCAAAGGAAUUGGCUGGAGUGCUCUCAGCUCAUAUAGUUUGUACAGUUACAGCAAUUAUUAUAUCUGUAAUCGUUAUUGUCAUCAUACUUGUGAAAGUGCAAAAACAACUACCAAAUGACAAAACCAGACCUAGGCACGUAGAUCUGUUAUGCAUCACAAUAUCACUUUUUGAAUUUCUUCAAAUUGUGCUUGUUACAGUUGCUGGUGUUAAAUUUGCUGGUGAAGGACAGGCAUCUUUGGAAAUUUGGAAAAUAAUGAUAAUUUACCAAGCUAUUGUUAAUAUUAUAUUAUUAACAGUGGAAUCUUUAUUACUUGGAAUUAAAACAAGUUGUGGCGGUUUUCAAAUGGCAUCUCAAGCUUUAUUUUACAUAGUCAUUAUCAUUUGCAUUCACACUGUAAUUGGUAUUAUAGCUGUUCCAUUCUUAUGGCACUCUUGUGGAAAUGCUGGGAUUCAACUGAAAAAAAACAGUCCUUCUGUGGAUAGAAAAUCUGACUCUGAUAACCAUGGCAAUAAGAAAACAAACAAAAUUCAGUCUGCUGCAAAUUCUGGUCAAGAAAUGACUGCACAAUUUUCUGCGCCGGUACCACAAAAUUUACAAGACUCAAGUGAUCAUUUGGGACAAAGGAAGAGACCAAAACAAUCUAAGAGACAAAAAAGAGAGCACAGUAUAAAACAAAAAGAUUCAAGUGAAAUUGACGAUGAGGUUACUUCUAGAAGGAUCGGUACAGCUUCUGAAAUCAAAUUAAAACUGAAUGAAACAAAUAGAAUAUUAGAAUCAAAAGAAAAUAUUUUGCAUUUGGAAACAAAUACAAAUUCUUCAAUAUCUAGAAAAAGGCCUACUUCUAUUGAAGAGACAAAUUAUCCAAAUAUAGAUCUUGUGAAUCCCAGAAGACUUCCUCCACUUAAAAAAUAAAUAAAUUUAGUCUACUUAAAAAAAAAUUUUUUUUUGAAAUAUAAUUCAUUAUAAAUUUUUUUGGGUACAGAUCUGUUACAAUGCAGUCUAUUAAUAUUUCCUAAACUAAUUUUUUUAAAAUACAGUUGUGUUUUAGGUCUAAUGGAAUUUUAUUAUAAGUGUUUGGUUUCAAUCAUUAACUAUCAAUAUAAACCAAAUGGUAGGGUAACAUUUUGUUUGUUUCUGUUAAACUAUGCUUUUAUUCAAGUUUUUAAAUGUGCUGCUUAAUUAAAUACUGUACAAAUUUAUAUUAUAUUAUUAGUACUUCAAUUUACAAAAGGGUACUAUACA